AUGGCGUGGUGGCAUGUUGUUGUGGCGCACCCCCUGCCAGCCCUCGGCGUGACCAUAGCAGCCUAUGUGCUGUGGUUGGCGAUCGACCGGCUGUGGCUGUCCCCGAUCGCUCAUUUUCCCGGACCCAAGUUGGCCGCGCUGACCAUGUGGUAUGAGUUCUAUUAUGAUUCCUUUCUGGAAGGCCAAUAUACGUUCCGCAUCGCCGAGAUGCAUCGCAAAUAUGGCCCCAUCGUGCGCAUCAGCCCGUACGAGCUCCAUAUCGACGACCCAGAGUACUAUGACGUGCUAUACUCGCGCGACUCCCCCCGCAAUAAAUCCCUGCAUCUGGUCGGGAUGUUUGGCAAUGCAGGAUCAAGCUUUGGUGCGCUCGAUCAUCGUCGCCAUCGAAUGCUGCGCCAGCCGAUGAACCCAUUCUUCUCCCAACAGCGCAUCCGGCAGCUGGAGCCGAUGAUCCGGCGCCUGGUCGACAAGUUGUGCAAAGGGAUGGCGGCAUUCCGCGACCGACACACGCCGUUGCAUGUAUAUCAUGCCUUCAACAGUUUUACCACCGAUGUCGUCGCCGAGUACACCAUGGGUGAAUCGUUCCACUAUCUCGACGACCCCGAGUUUAGUCCACACUGGUCGACAACCAUUCAUGCGAUUGUUUUGGUGGGCGUCAAAUUCAAACAGUUUCGCUGGCUCAUCAGCCUGUUCGAGCUGCUGCCCCCGUGGCUUGUCAAGUGCAUCAACCCGGACAUUGGUCCCGUCAUUGAGCAGAAACAAGAAAGCCUGGCGCUGGCUCAGUCUGUGAUUGAUAGCCAGGCCGCGAGCAGUGACCCCAACUCCAAGUCCAAGGUGACGGUGCCCAAGGGUACUUUGUUCCAUGCUCUGCUGGACAGCCAACUGCCCCCGGAAGAGAAGCAGGCCAGUCGCCUGAGUCAGGAAGUGUUUACCGUCAUUUCGGCCGGCGGCGAGACGACCGCAAAGAACUUGUCGACCAUUACCUUUCACCUCCUGAACAAUCCCGAAAAACUCCAGAAGCUGCGCGAGGAGCUGGAAAGAAUGGAUCCUAACCGCACCGCAUCCUUGGUCGACUACGAGUCCAUGCCGUACCUGACGUCUAUUCUUCUUGAAGGUCUCCGAAUUACCAACGCCGUCGCUACCCGUCUCCAGCGCAGCUCGCCCAACCAAGUCAUGAAAUAUAAAGACUGGGCAAUUCCACCCGGAACCCCCGUCGGCAUGACGAGUUAUUUCAUGCAUCAUAACGAGUCGAUUUUCCCCGACUCGCAGAGUUUUAUCCCCGAACGCUGGAUGGAUAUGGAGCAGCGAAAGCACCUGGAGAAAUACUUGGUGGCUUUUACCAAGGGUUCCCGACAAUGCAUUGGCAUUCCUCUCGCACGGGCUGAGAUCCUCAUGGCCAUUGCCACCAUCUUCCGGGAGUUCGACAUGAAACUGUACGAAACCACCGAGGACGAUGUCCGCAUUGUGCGCGAUAUGUUUAAUGGCCAUCCUCGGAAAGAGAGCCAAGGCGUCCGGGUCAUGAUCCAGGAAUGA